CCGCGCAGGCGCCCCAGGGCCGCGCCGAGCCGAGCCCCUCCUGCUCCCUGGAGGAGUCAAAAUGGCGGCCUGGGGAACCUGGAGCAGUCCCGGAGCCUGAGCCACUGACAGGAGAGGAGAGGGCGGCGGCGGCAGGAGGAGGAUGGCCGCGGGUGCUGGCGCCGGUGUGGACGGUGGUGCUGGGGGCGGCGGCGGCGGAGGCGACGGCAGCGGUCCCAGCAGCAGCAGCGGGAGGAGCCUCCGGGAUCUGAAGCAUGAAAUGCAUAGAAAAUGGAAGGCCAGAGUGAAAGGAGUAAUUUAUUGAAGUUGGAAGAAAAGAGAACUCUUGGCAGGAAAUGGAUGAAAAGAGGCUGCUGGAUCCGGGGUUGAAAGUUCAUAAAGGCCACUGGAAUUAUACUCUGAAGAACCAGCAGAUGGAGUGCCUGAGUGACUGAAGAAAAUGGGUGCUAAUGCAUCUAACUAUCCUCAUUCAUGUUCCCCGAGGGUAGGGGGAAACUCACAGGCCCAACAGACUUUUAUAGGGACAUCAUCCUAUUCUCAACAAGGCUAUGGUUGUGAAUCAAAAUUGUAUAGCCUUGACCAUGGCCAUGAGAAACCACAAGACAAAAAAAAGAGAACCUCUGGUCUUGCCACCCUCAAAAAGAAGUUUAUUAAGCGUCGAAAAUCUAAUAGGUCUGCUGAUCACGCCAAGCAGAUGCGAGAACUCCUCUCUGGAUGGGAUGUUAGAGAUGUCAAUGCAUUAGUGGAGGAAUAUGAGGGAACUUCAGCCUUAAAGGAGCUUUCUCUACAAGCCAGUUUGGCUAGACCAGAAGCCCGGACAUUGCAGAAAGAUAUGGCUGAUCUCUAUGAGUACAAGUAUUGUACUGAUGUAGACUUAAUAUUUCAAGAAACUUGUUUUCCUGUUCAUCGUGCCAUUCUGGCAGCAAGGUGUCCGUUUUUUAAAACCCUUCUUUCUUCCUCACCCGAGUAUGGGGCAGAGAUAAUAAUGGACAUCAAUACAGCUGGUAUUGAUAUGCCCAUGUUUUCUGCUUUGUUACACUACCUUUAUACGGGUGAGUUUGGAAUGGAGGACUCAAGGUUUCAAAAUGUCGAUAUCCUUGUUCAGCUUAGUGAAGAAUUUGGAACACCGAAUUCUCUUGAUGUAGAUAUGCGUGGACUCUUUGAUUACAUGUGUUAUUAUGAUGUCGUUCUUAGUUUUUCUUCAGAUUCUGAGCUGAUUGAAGCUUUUGGAGGAAAUCAGAACUGUUUAGAUGAAGAGCUCAAAGCCCACAAGGCUAUUAUUUCUGCACGGUCCCCAUUUUUUCGAAAUUUAUUACAAAGGAGGAUACGGACUGGAGAAGAAAUCACAGACCGAACUUUGAGGACUCCCACAAGAAUUAUAUUAGAUGAGUCCAUUAUACCAAAAAAAUAUGCUAAAGUGAUACUACACUGUAUGUACACUGAUGUGGUGGACCUCUCCGUUUUGCACUGUAGCCCUUCUGUGGGGAGUCUAAGUGAAGUUCAGGCUCUCGUCGCAGGGAAGCCAAACAUGACCAGGGCGGAAGAAGCCAUGGAACUUUACCACAUAGCACUAUUCUUGGAAUUUAACAUGCUUGCACAAGGCUGUGAGGAUAUCAUUGCUGAGAGCAUCUCAUUAGAUACCUUAAUUGCCAUCCUCAAGUGGAGCUCUCAUCCAUAUGGCUCUAAGUGGGUGCACCGACAAGCUUUGCAUUUCCUCUGUGAGGAAUUAUCCCAGGUCAUGACUUCGGAUGUUUUUUAUGAACUCAGCAAAGACCAUCUGCUUACUGCUAUCCAGUCUGACUAUCUACAGGCAAGUGAACAAGAUAUCCUUAAAUAUCUGAUUAAAUGGGGAGAGCAUCAGUUGAUGAAAAGAAUAGCAGACAGAGAGCCAAACUUAUUGAGUGGUACUGCGCACAGUGUGAACAAAAGAGGUGUUAAAAGACGAGACCUGGACAUCGAAGAGCUUAGAGAGAUCCUUUCUUCUCUCUUACCUUUUGUGCGAAUUGAACACAUCUUACCUAUAAACAGUGAAGUCUUAAAUGACGCAAUGAAGAGAGGCUUGAUUAGUACUCCUCCAUCAGAUAUGCUUCCUACAACAGAAGGUGGAAAGUCAAAUGCCUGGUUGCGGCAAAAAAAUGCUGGCAUAUAUGUUCGUCCUCGGCUGUUCUCUCCCUAUGUGGAAGAAGCAAAGUCAGUGCUAGAUGAGAUGAUGGUGGAACAAACAGACCUUGUGCGUUUGCGAAUGGUCAGAAUGUCCAACGUGCCAGACACGCUUUACAUGGUCGGUAAUGCCGUGCCACAGUGUUGCCACAUGAUCAGCCAUCAGCAGAUGAGCAGCAACCAGUCAAGCCCACCUUCGGUUGUAGCCAAUGAAAUUCCAGUCCCUCGUCUCUUCAUUAUGAAAGACAUGGUCAGACGCCUGCAGGAACUGCGGCACACUGAGCAGGUGCAGAGAGCUUAUGCACUGAACUGUGGGGAGGGCGCCACCGUGAGCUACGAAAUUCAGAUUCGAGUACUGAGGGAGUUUGGUCUCGCAGAUGCUGCUGCAGAGCUCUUGCAGAAUCCUCACAAGUUCUUUCCUGAUGAACGUUUUGGGGAUGAAAGUCCACUCUUGACAAUGCGACAGCCUGGGAGAUGUCGUGUUAACAGUACCCCUACUGCAGAAACCAUGUUUACAGACCUGGACUCUUUCGUGGCCUUCCAUCCGCCCUUGCCCCCGCCACCCCCUCCAUACCACCCCCCAGCCACCCCAAUCCAUAACCAACUCAAAGCAGGUUGGAAGCAGAGACCUCCCAGUCAGCACCCUUCACGGUCCUUUUCUUACCCCUGUAAUCACUCGUUAUUUCACUCCAGAACAGCUCCUAAAGCUGCUCCUCCCCCAGCUCACCUGCCAGGUGUUAAAGUAGCACCACCUGACUGUACCAACCCCGCAGGACUGGGGAGGCAGACAGUUGCUGCUGCUGCUGCUGCUGCAGCUGCCGCUGCCUCUGCUGCAGUAGCAUCUGAGAAACAAAUGUGUACCCAACCUGUGCUGAAUGAUCUGAUGCCAGACAUUGCCAUGGGGGUAUCAACACUGUCACUCAAGGACAGGAGACUUCCAGAACUUGCUGUAGACACAGAAGUGAGCCAGCCAGUUUCUGAAGCAGGACCAGGGCCUCCCCAGCAUCUCUCUUGUGUUCCACAGAGGCAUACACACACUUCUCGAAAAAAACACACGUUAGAGCAAAAAACAGAUGCUAGAGAAAAUCAGCAGGAAUACCCGGAUUUCUAUGACUUUUCCAAUGCUGCUUGCAGACCUUCUACUCCUGCUCCUGGCAGACGCACCCCUUCCCCUUCACAAGGUGGAUAUUUUGGUCCUGAUUUGUACAGCCACAGUAAGGCAUCACCAAGUGGCUUAAAGUCAGCCUACCUACCUACUCAGACCCCUCCUAAAACCCAGGAAGAAGCCAGGAGAGAAUAUCCACUUUCCCCUGAUGGGCAUCCACACAGACAGAAGAGUGAGUCCAUACGCCUGGAUGUUGUGGAGCAGCCUCCCCAGCGGUCAGACUUUCCUUUGGCAGCCCCAGAAAAUGCUGGUAACGGUCCAGCCCACGUCAGGGGACGAACCACAGUAGAAACUGACUUGACUUUUGGGCUGACUUCUCACAGGCCUUCUUCACAUUCUGCAUGUGGCUCUGAAGCUCCAGAAGAGCGAUCUAGUAGAAGACUGGCAGACAGUGAGUCCCUGAGCCAUGGAGCUCAGAGAAGCACAGAUCUAGAAAGAGAAGAUUCCAUAAGCAGAGGAAGGAGGUCACCCAGCAAGCCAGACUUCCUCUACAAAAAGUCUGCCCUCUGAGAGCAACCUCCAAGCUGUCUGUGCCUGAGAUGUGAAACAUCCCAUUCUAUGAUGUAACCCAACAACUUACUGACCAGUUUAUCAAUGCCAGCUCAGUUUCACGUUAGUUUAUUUUUAGUUUUUGUGUGUAUAUAUGUUUAUUACACAUGGCAUGCUAGGAGGGUUAUUUUGAAUGCUGCAUCUGUCUGUUUUAUGUUGGAACAAUUAUGUGGGGAAGCAUUUUAAACAGCAAGCAAGCUGGCACUUUUUUCCCCCUCUUUACAAUUGAUGGAAUUUUUUUGCACUUGUACAUUUAUUUUCUCUGUUGAUUUUAUAUCAGUGUGUUAAACUUUAUUGCCACAUUUAAAGGACUGUAUUUUCAUACUUUUUGCAUUUUACCUUUCAUCUACCAGUUUCCAUGUGCAUUGGAUUGCACACUAAGAUGUAUUUUCUUAUGAAAUAGUUCUGUUUAUUUUUAAUUAUAGAAAUUCCAAAGAACAGCACAUCAAAAUGCUCCUCUCUUUUAAAUAACUGUUUUGAGUUCAAAAAUCUUCCUGCUCAGUCUCUGUAAAUCUAACGUCAUUCUUUUUUAAUAAGUCUUGGGAGCUAGUCUUCAUUCCCCCUGUGGGAGUCCGAUCAGGGUCCUGAAGUCUUCGGGUUUAGUGAAACACAGGAAGGAGAAAAGCCCAUGGUGCCCCGCCUAAAGCCGUUACUUUACUUUGCUCACAGUGUGGACACGGUCAGGGUCCCUGCAGAUCCUAGUGGUACAGAUUAGAGCAUUGCUCCCUGGACAUGGUUCUGAGGAGAUCAGAUUCCUUGGAAUUAGAAAGCAGUGGAGAGAGGAAAGUCAGCUAAGGGGCACAGCAAUGGGAUUUCAGGACUCCUGGCUCUGCGUGCGACUUUCCCUCCGAGCUGGUGAAACGACUGCCUGCUGCCUUCAGUUGUCUUGCUUUCUAUGGGAAACAAAGGGCUUCAGUCUUAUGGAUGUAAUGUGGUGUUUGUAAGCAUAUGUUUUCUUUCAAAUAUUUCUCAAAGUGUCUGAAUUUUGGUGUCCUAUGAAAACUUAUAUAAUGCAUAAUGCUUUGUCACCAAAAAAAAAAAAAAAAAGAAAAAAAAAAUGUGUUAAACACUACAUGUCCUACUUGAACUCUGCUGGGGACACUGGCUUAGCAUUUACUGAACCACUGAGCACACAAGGUUUCUCCAGUCCUCUCCCUUGGAAGGGUAAUGUGUGAGCUAAGGACUGUUUUGUUUCUUACUCUUCAAUGUAAAUAUAUUAGUAUUUGAGUUUAAAUCACUUCAGCAUUAUUUGACAUUCACUUUGUAUUUUUACAAACACACACAGCCGUAGCACUUAGAAGAAAAGAGAAUUCCUGAACAUUCCCUCAAAGGAAGGGUAUUUGGGAACCUCUUUUCUAUGUAUGUGUGUAUAUAUAUAUAUUAUAAAACUAUGAAUCAUUCACACUCACUAUAAAACUAUGCAGGGCUAGGGAGCCUUCACAAGCUACCAUAUAAAUGAAUUACAUGCACUUUGAAGUAACUAGGUUUCUAUUGGGUGUCAACAACUCUUAAUUUCUUCUGAAACUGUCGUUUUUCUUCUGGUCUUUUCCUACUUUACCCUGUGGAUAUACACUCAGGAAUAAUCUGACAUUUUAAAAAUUCCUAACAGUAGAUAAUCUAAAAGACGGGAAAUGUGUCUGUGUCCUCUGGUGAGCCGCUGCCCGUUCUGCUGCCUGACUGGUCAACUGCUACGAGUGCAUUGAGUGCAUUGAGUCGUCGACCUGGCGUAGUGCACACCAAGCUCCCAGCCUCCAGAGGUCACAUGCCUCUGCUGUAAGGUCUGCUCACGUGGCCUUUAAGGCUCCUCUUUUAAAGGUAGAAAAACACAGAACCCUCUCACUUUUCACUUUCAAGUCUUAUAAUAGAUACUGGUGUCUCCUGAAGCCCAGUCCGUCUGUCCGCAGAAGCAAACAUUAAUUCCAUCAUAUUCUUCAGUGUGUUUAUUAUACACAUGUUGACAUGAAUUAAUUUGAUAGUUUUAGAUUUCUGUUCUGAAUCGGACUGUACUGUGCUGGUACUGCAGAGAAGAAGUAGACCUAAUUUGGAUGGGGAAGAAAAUCUCAUAUCUGACCUAUUUUGUUUCCCCAAUGUGUUAGAUAGACCAGGGUUUUUGGUUUUUCUGAAAAUUCAUUAAGUAUUAUUUAAAAUCUCCAAAAUAUAAAAAUUAGUGGCCACUGUUCAUAGUAUUAUAAAGUUUGCUUUUAAUAAUUUAGCUUACCUGGCUGAACUAUUUAUAGAGGGAGCUCUCGCUUAAUCUGUGGGAUUAUGGACUGCUGUGACUUGCAGAAGAUAAACACGUGGUUUUGUGUGCAUUAGGCUCGGUGUUAGACUUAAUGUAUCUCGUAAAGUAUGAUUAAUAGAGUAGGUUGAUAGCUCGGUGCCUCUGGCUUUUGAACCCACCUCUUCAAUCUUUUUUAAUGCUGUACUAAGAUAAAUGUGAAGUCUGAGUAAGAUUGCUCUCAGAAAAAAAAAAAAAAAGGUCUGUAUAAUAUAAAAUUUAGUAUACAGGAAUUGGUGUUUUAUUUGGCAUAGAUAUUUUAUGAGAACCAAAUCAGAAAUACCAGAUCUCCUUUUGAGGCCGUGGACAAUCAGGCCAUUUGGACAAUCACUACUGCCAGUGCCCACUGUGCAUUGAGGUUGGCAAACAACCCUGUAGAAGCUAGUGCAAAAGAGAAGAGUCAGAUUAAAAGAUGCUGUUGGUCCUUUUCUUAUAUAAUCAUUUUAGUUUUGUGAUUUUGAAAAAUAAUUUUACUAAGUUUCCUGUGGCUCCUAAAGGGUAAAAUAGCAGCAUGAAAAAAAAAAAAAAACAUUGAAACAUGACUUCUCCGCUCCACAGACCACACCCAUUCUCAUGCCCCAUCAGUUAGGCACAUGUCCCUAGACCCAAGCUAGCUUGGCUUGAAGGAUUUUUAGUGAGUUCCUUUUUCUCCACCCAUCGCCCUUAGUACUGGGGAUUGAACCCAAGGGCGCUUAACCAUUGAGCCACAUCCCCAGCCCUUUUGAUUUUUUAUUUUGAGACAGGUUCUUGCUAAGUUGUUUUGGGCUUCUCUAAGUUGCUGAGGCUGGCCUUGAACUUGUAAUCCUCCUGCCUCGGCCUCCCAAGCCACUGUGCCUGGCUAGUGAGUUCUCUAUGUUUAUCCUUUUGUAGAAUUACCUGUGAAACUUGAUCUAGUCUUGUUUUGACUUUCUCAGAAACUCUGGUUUCUUCUAGUAGUUAUCCUUUACUGGGUUUUCUUUUGACUCGUUCAAGUCCUACCAAUGGGCACAAUCUAUAUAUUUGAAUGAAGCUCAUGCUGCAGAAUGUAAUGGAGAAACAGCGAAUGAUUGCAGCAGAGCCUUGUGGCUUGGUGCUGACCUCAGGUGACCUUCUCUAGUGGAAGGGUCAGCAUUCCCCGUAACUACCCAGCAAGGCUUAUAUUUUCAUAAUGGUGAAUUUGCCUUUUAGGGAAAAAUGAAACACUUGUAAAAUUGUUGUCUUGCAAUCCUAAGGCAUUUGUGUAUUUAUCCUAGGACUGAAUUAAAAGGGAAAUGCCUCUUUGACUUUUGCUUCUUUACAGUCACUAUUAAAGCCGCAGUGAUGGGUGCUCUUCCCGGGUCUGCAAUGGUUCACUUUGUCUACUAUGUGAUUUACUUUCAAACCUCAUUACAGAUAUUCUUACUGAAAGAGUUGCCGAGUUGCCGUGCACAGCGCUAGAAGGUACUUUACUGUUCUCUCCAUGAACACUUUGUAUGAACAGUGUUUUAUGGAAUGUUGUCUUUGUGCCCUAUCAGUUACAGUAGCUGUUGUAGUCAUUGUCUGGCAGUCUUUUGGUUUUUUUCCCUCUAGAAAAUCCUCAGACUCCGUUUCAGUCUUUCAUAUUCUGAAUAUUAUAAUGCUGUGGCCAUUUCUUUAGAAAGUUACUUGCAAAUGUGUGUCUUGACAAAGACCUCUUGUUUUGUGUGUUUACGGGGGUUCUAAGAUCCCAUGAGCGCUGGAAGCUUCCUUGGGUGUACCUGCACACGACUGUGUCCGGGUUGCCCGGGCAGAACCUGCUCUGAGAUGGGUGGCUGAGCGCUGAAGUUCCUGAACUCCACCCGCUGUGUGCAUACCACAUCUGUGCUUCGGGGACAUGAGACCUUCUACACCACUGCAUUUCUCGUGGUUGUGCUGUUACUGGUAUAAAGUCAAGUGCCUUCAAUGCUCAAGGCUCAGAAAUUUUUCUUAAACUGAUUUCAUGUCCUAUGCAAGUGUUUUCUACAACCUGCAUAACCAGUACUUUGUAAAACUUGUUUACGCUUCAAUUGUACAUAGUGUUUUUUAAAGAAAUAUAUAGUAUUUUUAUUUAGGUACCUUCAAACUUGAAUUCGUCUGUGUGAAACAUUGUAAAACGAUACAUUUCUCUUUUGAGUACCAUUGCAGUUGUACAGAGGUUUUCACUGGUUCUAUUUUUCUACUGUUACUGAUAAGCAUGUAACACUGACUUUAUCCUACAUAUAGUUGGCAUUUCAAAUAAAUGGCUUGUAUAGAA